CGCUGAGCCUGGCGGAGAGGAGGAGUGAGGCAGAAGCAGAGGAGAGAGAGAGAGAGAGAGAGAGAGAGAGAAGAGCACCGAGGAGAGAGCAACAUCGCGAACAAGGCAUGUGAGCAUCCAGCUUCAGCUACUGUGCAAUCGAUCCCCUCCCCAAAUGAAGCUGAGAAGAGAUUGCCCCAAAAUGUCCAACAGUCUGCUUUCUGUCACCCUGCUCCUAAUAAUGAUUCUCACUCAUUCCUCACGGAGCAGCAAGGAGUUUAUCACCUUUCCGAUCCAGGACCGGGACUGGACGUUCAAUCACAUGGCAGUUCAUAGUGUUACAGGAAAUGUUUAUGUCGGUGCCGUCAAUCGGAUUUACAAGCUCUCAAGCAACUUGACACUAUUGUUGUCCCACAAAACUGGUCCAGAAGAAGACAACAAGUUGUGUUACCCUCCCCUGAUUGUUCAGCCUUGUAACGAGCCCCUCACUCUGACCAACAACGUGAACAAGCUGCUCCUCAUCGAUUACACGGACAAUAGGCUGCUGGCCUGUGGCAGCCUCUUUCAAGGAGUCUGCAAGCUCUUGCGACUGGAUGACCUCUUCAUCCUGGUGGAGCCUUCACAUAAGAAGGAGCACUACCUGUCCAGUGUGAAUGAAACCGGCACCAUGUACGGCGUCAUUGUCUCGUCAGAAGGCUCGGACAGCAAGCUCUUCAUCGGGACUGCAGUGGACGGCAAGCAGGACUACUUCCCAACCAUUUCGAGUCGGAAGCUGCCACAAGAUCCAGAGUCUUCAGCAAUGUUCGAUUACGUGUUGCACAGUGACUUUGUGGCCUCACUGAUUAAAAUCCCUUCAGACACACUGGCCUUGGUGUCACAUUUUGAUAUAUUUUACAUCUAUGGCUUCAGCAAUGGAAAUUUUGUGUAUUUCUUAACAGUUCAACCGGAGACGGAAGGGAUUACCGGGUCAACGAGUGACCAGUUCUACACCUCCAGAAUCGUGCGGCUCUGUAAGGAAGAUGCCAAGUUCCAUUCCUACGUCUCGCUUCCUAUGGGUUGUGUAAAAGAUGGAAUUGAAUAUCGUCUCCUGCAGGCUGCCUACCUGUCCAAGCCAGGGAACGUUUUGGCAAAAUCCUUGAACAUUUCCACCGCCGAUGAUGUUUUGUUCACCAUCUUCUCCAAAGGCCAGAAGCAGUACAAGCAUCCCCCGGCAGAGUCUGCACUCUGUGUGUUUGUUGUGAAAUUUAUUAACCGUCAGAUAAAGGAAAGACUGCAGUCCUGUUACCGUGGCGAGGGGAAUCUGGAACUGAACUGGCUGUUGGGAAAGGAUGUCCACUGUACCCACGCGCCGGUCCCUAUCGAUGAUGACUUUUGUGGAUUGGAUAUAAACCAGCCUCUAGGGGGCACUGUGCUGGUGGAAGGCGUCACGGUCUUCACAGAAGAUCGAGACCGCUUGACCUCAGUGGCCUCCUACGUCUACAGCGAUCACUCUGUGGCUUUCGUGGGAACUAAAAGUGGGAAACUCAAAAAGGUUCGUGUGGACGGCCCAUUUCAGGGAGAUUCUCACUACGAGACGGUGCAGGUGAUGGCAGACGGCAGUGCAAUUCUCAGGGACAUGGGUUUCUCCACAGACCUGCAGUAUUUGUACAUCAUGUCCGAACGGCAGCUGUCCAGGGUACCGGUGGAGACGUGCGAACAAUAUGAAACUUGCAGUCAAUGUCUGAGCUCGGGAGACCCGCACUGUGGCUGGUGUGUGCUCCAUAACAUGUGCACAAGACAGGACAAGUGUGAGCGAGCGUUGGAACCGCACCGAUUUGCCACCAGUGUUGGGCAGUGUGUGAAGCUGAGUAUCUACCCCAGCAGCAUUUCCGUGUCGGAGCACAGUGUCCCGCUCUCUCUGAAAGUCACUGAUGUCCCAGACCUCUCCGCUGGCGUCGUCUGCGCUUUUGGUGAACUAGCCGAGGUGGACGGUCAGACGAUGGGCGACACAAUUGUGUGCGUCUCGCCGGCUGCUAAGGAUGUGCCUUCUGUACUGAGCAACCAAGAUUGGAUUGGGGUCAGUCUCCAGCUGAAGUCCAGGGAGACAGGGCAGACCUUCGCCAGCACCGAGUUCAAGUUCUUCAACUGCAGAGUUCACCAGCUGUGCCUGUCGUGUGUGACCAGUGCCUUCCACUGCCAUUGGUGUAAAUACCGAAACCUUUGCACGCACGAUCCCAGUAUCUGCUCUUUCCAGGAGGGACGGGUCAACUCCUCCGAGGAUUGUCCGCAGCUGGUGCCCUCAAACGAGGUUCUUAUCCCGGUUGGAGAGGAGAAGCCAAUCACGCUGAAAGCCCGGAACCUGCCACAACCUCAGUCCGGGCAGCGCGGCUACGAAUGUGUCCUGAACGUGACGGGGGUGAGCAAGCGAGUGCCGGCCCUGCGGUUCAACAGCUCCAGCGUGCAGUGUCAGAACAGCUCGUAUCACUAUGACGCAGUGGACCUCAGUGACCUGCUAAUCGAAUUUGCAGUGGUGUGGAACGGAAACUUCAUCAUUGACAACCCAGCAAAUAUCAAAGUGCACCUAUACAAGUGUGAUGCCCUGAGGGAGAGCUGCGGUCUCUGCCUGAAGGCCAACCAGAAGUUCGAGUGCGGCUGGUGCCAGUCCAAGCAGCGCUGUAGCCUGCGGAAACACUGCCCCACCUUCACUUCGCAGUGGCUGCACCUAACCAGCAACAACGUCAAGUGCUCCAACCCUCGGAUCACGCGGGUGACUCCAGUGUCUGGUCCACGGGAAGGUGGGACACAGGUGACCAUCCAGGGAAUCAACCUGGGCUUGGAUUUCCUGGAUAUUGCUAACAGCGUCCGUGUGGCGGGAGUCCAGUGUAUCCCACUCUUGAACGGUUACAUCAUUGCUGAACAAAUUGUGUGUGAAAUGGGGGAAGCAAGGCUUCUCAAGGAAUCGGGUCCCGUCCAGCUGUGUGUUGGCGAGUGUGAGCCAAGAUUCAUGACGGAGUCAGCGCAACAGUACACCUUUGUGAAGCCAUCUCUGCAGGACCUGAGCCCGAGUCGAGGUCCAGAGUCUGGGGGGACAAUGGUGACGAUCACUGGCAAACAUCUUGGUGCUGGCAGCUCUGUCAACGUGAUGUUUGGGAACCAGACCUGCGAGUUUUACAGGCGUUCUGUGUCUGAGAUUGUCUGCGUCUCUGCUCCAUCUCUACAUGGGCCUGGCAUUGUCCGCGUUUCAGUGAGUGUUGAUCGCGCACAGCUGGAGGACAGUCUGCAGUUUGAAUUUAUUGAUGAUCCCACUGUUCUGAGGAUUGAACCAGAGUGGAGUAUUGCCAGUGGCAAUACUUCCUUGAUUGUCUUCGGAACCAACUUGGAUAUAAUUCAAGAACCCAGGAUCCGGGUGAAAUACAACAGCCAGGAAUCUCUCAACGUGUGUGAAGUGGUGAACUCUACGACCAUGACCUGCCGAGCCCCCGCUCUCACCCACGAGCACCAGCCUGGGCACGACACCGUGGAGCGUCCCGAUGAGUUUGGUUUUGUCUUCGACAACGUGCAGGCUCUGCUGAUUUAUAACAACACCAACUUCGUCUUCUACCCCAACCCGACCUUUGAAGCUCUGAGUGUAACAGGCAUGCUGGAACAGAAGCCAGGCGCCCCCAUUAUACUCAAAGGACGGAACCUACUUCCCCCCGCAGCUGGAGGAGCGAAGCUGAAUUACACCGUGCUGAUCGGGGACACACCGUGCGCCGUCACAGUCUCCGAGACACAGUUACUCUGCGAACCGCCCAACCUGAGCGGGCAGCUUCGUGUUCUGGUACAAGUGGGCGGGUUACAGUUCUCACCAGGGACGGUCUACAUCCUGUCCGACAGCCUGCUCACUCUGCCAGCCAUCGCCAGCAUCGUGGCAGGGGGGACCCUUCUGCUGGUCAUCGUGGUCAUUGUUGUCAUUGCCUACAAGCGCAAGUCCAGGGAGAACGACCUGACCCUGAAACGUCUGCAGAUGCAAAUGGACAACCUCGAGUCCCGGGUGGCCCUGGAAUGCAAGGAGGCCUUUGCGGAACUUCAGACGGAUAUUAAUGAGUUAACCAGUGACCUGGACCGCGCCGGGAUUCCGUAUCUCGACUACAGGACAUAUGCAAUGAGGGUUUUGUUCCCGGGGAUAGAGGACCAUCCUGUUCUCCGAGAGCUGGAGGUCCCAGGGAAUGGGCAGCAGAGUGUGGAGAAAGCUCUCAAACUCUUUGGGCAACUCAUCAACAACAAAACCUUCCUGUUAACAUUCAUUCGGACUCUGGAGCUGCAGAGGAGUUUCUCCAUGAGGGACCGAGGGAAUGUGGCAUCUUUGAUCAUGACAGCACUUCAGGGAAAACUGGAGUAUGCCACGGACGUGCUGAAACACCUGCUGUCUGACCUGAUCGAGAAAAACCUGGAGAGCAAGAACCACCCCAAACUGCUGCUUCGCAGGACUGAAUCUGUGGCUGAGAAAAUGUUAACAAAUUGGUUUGCAUUCCUUCUGCAUAAAUUCCUGAAGGAGUGUGCGGGGGAGCCUCUCUUCAUGUUAUACUGUGCGAUCAAACAGCAGAUGGAAAAGGGUCCAAUCGAUGCGAUCACGGGCGAGGCACGCUACUCACUCAGUGAGGACAAACUAAUCCGACAGCAGACCGAGUACAAGACACUGAUUCUGAACUGUGUGAAUCCAGAGAAUGAGAACAGCCCAGAGAUUCCAGUGAAGGUUCUGAACUGUGACACCAUCACCCAGGUGAAAGAGAAAAUCCUGGACUCCACCUACAAAAAUGUUCCAUAUUCACAGAGGCCACGAGCCAUCGAUAUGGACCUAGAGUGGCGUCAAGGAAGGAUGGCACGUGUGGUUCUGCAGGAUGAAGAUAUCACCACCAAGAUCGAGUGUGACUGGAAACGUUUGAACACAUUGGUGCACUAUCAGGUAUCUGAUCGAUCAGUUGUUGCGUUGGUUCCCAAACAGACCUCUUCUUACAACGUUCCAACCACAACUACCAUGUGCCGGACAUCCAUUAGUCGCUACGACUCCACGUUACGGUACACGGGAAGCCCCGACAGCCUGCGUUCCCGGGCUCCGAUGAUCACCCCGGAUUUGGAGAGUGGCGUCAAGGUCUGGCACUUGGUAAAGAACCACGAUCAUGGAGAUCAGAAGGAGGGGGAUCGCGGCAGCAAGAUGGUCUCUGAAAUCUACCUGACCAGGCUGCUGGCAACGAAGGGCACGCUGCAGAAGUUUGUGGAUGACCUGUUCGAGACGCUCUUCAGCACUGUCCACCGAGGCAGUGCCUUGCCCCUCGCCAUUAAGUACAUGUUUGACUUCCUGGAUGAGCAGGCGGACCGGCAUGUCAUCCACGACACGGACGUUCGGCACACCUGGAAGAGUAACUGCCUACCUCUGCGGUUCUGGGUCAACGUCAUUAAGAACCCGCAGUUUGUGUUCGAUAUCCACAAGAGCAGUAUCACGGAUGCCUGCCUCUCCGUGGUGGCACAGACCUUCAUGGACUCCUGCUCCACCUCAGAACACCGUCUCGGCAAGGACUCGCCAUCCAACAAGCUGCUGUAUGCCAAGGACAUCCCCAACUAUAAGAGCUGGGUUGAGAGGUAUUAUGCUGAUAUAGCCAAAAUGUCUGCCAUCAGUGAUCAGGACAUGAAUGCCUACCUGGCAGAGCAGUCGCGGCUGCACGUCAGCGAAUUCAACAUGCUGAGCGCGUUGAACGAGAUCUACUCUUAUGUUACCAAAUACAGCGAAGAGAUCACUGCUGCCCUGGAACAAGAUGAGCAGGCUCGGAGGCAGCGGCUCGCGUACAAAGUGGAACAGCUGAUUGCCGCCAUGUCCUUAGAGAGCUGAGCACUGUGUCUUCAGGAACCAGGCAGUCCGUGAGCCCUGGAGAAAGGAAAGCCAUGAGAUGGCAGGAACCAAGCAUGGACCUGUAGUCAUCCCAUGGCCAGUCCGUGCCCAGUGGCUGAGAUGGCUGUUCCAGUUUGAGAGGGGCUGGAUGCCUCUGUUUUCUGUGUUCACAAUACUACCUUUUGUUGACUCGCAGUUGGAAUUCUGAUAAGCUUGAAUCUGCGGUUGACCCUUCCCAAAGGAAACUUUGGAGCUGCAGCUAAUUGUUAGUUAACUGAUCAUCGGACCAGGCCGUGGUGCUAACGACCAAUGUGGGCAGUUUCUGUGGCCGGGGUGGGAAUGGACCAGCGAGCUCGGCACAGGGCCACGGACAUAACCUAUCUGCUGCUGUGGGAAUGGCUCCAUAAUCAUGCAGAACUGGCCAAAGCUGCAUUCACCAGGAAGGCAGGCUGCUGGCAUUGUGCACUCAGUGGCCUGGCCACUGAAAGACUGAAGACUUCGUAAAAAGAGGCAUGGACUUUGGGAACUUCUGGCUGCCAUCUGCAUCUUCCUUUGGUCCGUGCCACCCCUGCCUCACCGUGAACUUCAUCAUUCCAAUGCUGAACAUUACUACACUUGUGAAGACAAAGACAUUGGAAUUGUAUGUUUUUAUUGUUAUUAUGAAGAUGAAGAUUCCAUCACAGCUGCUAUGUAAUGGAACUGUUCUGUGUAGUAACACCGGUCAGUUGUGUAACACGAGGUUAGUGCCACACACUGUGUCUUCAAACUUCUUGUAUGUAAUUCCAUGGCACGGUGUGGAAAAGAGUGUACUGGAAAUCCAUCAUUACUGUCAGCCCCAUUCCCAAUCCCAUCUUCCCUUGAUCCCUAACACAGUGUGUAACUUCCCCUUCCAUAAUCACUUUCAUCCCGUGACUGUCCCUCCGAACUGUUGUGUCACCUCAGAGAGAGGAACCUGACCCCACCUUUUCAGAAUGGUUGUCAUCAGAUCCGCUCAGCAGGGAGGAUGGGAUUGAUCAGCUCAAUACCCCAUACAGGUGGCCACCGUAGGGAGGAAUUGGCUGGAGAUUCCCCAGAGAGCAUCUCUCGGCAAUGACCAAGACCCUCAUCACGUUGGGGCUAGCUAGGACCCUGCUGCUCCAUGCACAUAUUCAAACAGGGUUGGCCCUGUUGUCCAGAUUUCCAAUCAGCCCGCAGUGUGUGGAUUAGUGUCACCAGCACUCACACUAGAAUGGUAUCUCCACAGGGUUCUGAUACUCCUUGAGUAAGUGAAGGGAUCCAGGUUUUCAUUUCUCGACGUCUCUCCCCCUCUCGGUGAUAGUGCAGCACCUCCGUGGAAACCCAACCUCAUGAGAGCUGGAGCUAGCUAAACAAGGCAGAAUGCUCCAAGGAGAGAUACUUGCUUUGUCGGUGGCACAGAUUACUCGGAGGGAGCACGCAUGGUGAGGUGCGGGUGAGAAGUGGUGUGGUGCCAAAGACUUUAUGUUAGUCUCCUGUCAUCCAACAGCAACAGCAGAAUCCACAAAGAUCAUUCUGAAUGCAUCAUCUUCCCUUUCCACACUGAGAAACCAAAGGUGUUAGAUGUGCACGACCUGGCUCCACACAACCUGUACAAAUGUAAAUAGUGUUCAUACCUCCAUAUGAGAAGGGAUAUCGCUUUUUAUUGCUGUUGUGCUUGGUUCUCUAGUAAUUCAGUUCCUAUACAAAGAUGUGUGUAGUGUUCUUUGCACAUUUGUGAACAACUCUCUGGUGUGUUUUGACAUAGUUUCAUCCAAUGUUUCUCAAUCAGUGACCAUGAAUGAGUAUUGAAACGAGAACAAAAAUGCUCAAAUGGAAUGUCACCUGUGGAUGGGCAGAGUGAAUGGAUGGCAUAUGGUACCCCCAGAUGUUGAAUGAUUGGCACAUGGUACAGAAGUUGAAAGGGUGGCAUGGAACUAGAGGUUAAUGGUUGCCACAUGGUACCCCCAGAUGUUGAACGAUUGCCACGUGGUACAGAUGUUAAAUGGAUGGCAUGGAACCAGAUGUUGAAUGAAUGUCAAUGAGCCAGAUGUUAAGUGGCUGGCAAAUGGUAACAGACAUUGAAUAGAUAACACAGAGCCAACUGUUGAUAGUUGGCACACAACAUCAGAUGUUAAAUAGAAUGCUCUCAGUGCCAGAUGUUGAGUGGAUGGCACAGAAUACCAGCUGUUGAGUGGUAACAUUGUAUCAGAUAUUUUAAUGGUACUGUACCAGGUGCUGUGGAUGGCAUGUGGUACCAGACGUGUAAUAUUUCUGUUUGAAAACUUGCUUUCCUCACUUGUUCCUCUGCAACACUUAGUCCUGAUCUGAAGGAUCCCAUUCCUCUGGGCAGGGUUGCAGAACAGUCAGUGAGCAGAAGGUGCCCCUCCUUCAUAUGCUGUUUAAUACUUUGGGUUCACUUUUACCUCUGGGCAGGUGUCCCUGUUUAAAGCUGUAGAUGCAAGCACCUGUACAUGUGUGUGCCUGUUACACGUGUGCACCGUGAGCAUGCACACUUCCAGUGAAAUGCUGAAAUGUUUAAUCACAGCUCUCAUUUAAGCUACCAGACCUGAGCUUGCAGUUCCAAACAGCCAAGCUGCUUUGCCCAGCACUGAAUGAGCCUCUCAUGUCCAUGAUUGUCAUUCUCUGAAACUUAAUGACAGUGACUCCAAAUCACUCAUCACAAAUUGGUUAUUUACAUUUUUUUAACCAUCUAGUAGAAUUCCUCUGACAAUAUUUGAAAUCCUUCAGGACAUUCAUUAGGGAACAUUUGCUCAAGCAUCUAGUAAUUGUUGGUUUGCAAUGUACAAAUUCAACAUUCAGAUAAUUGGAGAACAGACACUACAGAAAUGCUGGGAACCAUAACCGGCAAACUGUAGUUUAGAUGAUCGUUGUUCAUCACCAGAGCAAAAUUGUUUGAAGGACAAACCAUAACCUAUCCUGAGAGAUAUUGAUUUAACCUUUGUCAAUGGACUGGCAAGGUAAAGAUGAUGCAGUGAACUCACCUCAGAGUGAUGAAUUGGUCUGCACAUGUACCUGAAGAUCUAUCAGUCCCAUUGGCACCAUUUGUCCAUGUUGGCCAAGGUGCCUUUCAGAGGAACUCCCAUCGACCUGUGUUGGGUCUGUAUCCCUCUGAACAUUUCCUCUCCAUGAGCACUGGUUCCUAUUCACCUCUUGGUAUUUGGACCAUGAAGACAAAGGCAAAUUUUCACUGUUAAAUUAUCCCUAUUCAGAGGCGGUAUAAAGCUGCUGUCCGGUUAUUAUCACCGAUUUCACUAGUGGUUUAUCUGUUAAUGUUUGUUCAAGGGUUACCUCAUCGUUGACUCUGGACCAUUUCCGACUGUCUAGCCAUGGUGCAGGGAGACACUGCUGCUCUGUAAUGUGAAGGCGAUGUUGCAGGUCAGUUUGAGGAACACUGUCGGGGUGAGAGUGACCCAGUAAACCAGUGGUUCACGAACUGGGGUCCACAGACUCCUCGGUUAAUGGUAGAGGUCUAUGGCAUAUAAAAGUUUGGGAACCCCUCCAGUAAACUGUUUAUAAACUGUGGCGACACAAGCGCCUGUGGAUGCUGGAAUCUGGAGCAGAAAACACUGUUAGAACCUGGCAGGUCAAGCAGGGUCCGUGGCGAGGAACGGGUAUUCGAACUUUCAGAUCAUGAUACUGUGUCAAAGCAGUCAUGACACGGUACUUUGACCUGAGAUAUUGCCAGUUCCAUGGCAUCCCGUGCCCCCCCCCCCCCCCCCCCACCAGAUGCUGUUCGACCUGCUGAGUUCCUCCAGCAGACUGUCUGCUGCUUUGUGUAAAAUCCAUUCCUAUUUGUUAUAUUGUGUACCUAGUGUAAAUAUGAAUCGCUCCUAUUUUGCAAGCCAGAAUCACUUUGUACUGUUGUUGUAUAUAAAUAAAGGUAACUUG